AUGGCUGGCCACUACCGCGGUAUCUCUACCAACCCGAGCAAUGUGUUCUCCAAUGACCCUCAAUUUUCGGGUUUCAUGAAGCCUUGUCGCUUCGAAGGAGAAAUCAACUUCCUAGAAGUCGAAGGUAACAUACCUGAAGAGCUCGAUGGGACCUUUUAUAGGGUAAUGCCUGAUCCGCAGUUUCCCCCUUUCGUCGACAACGAUCCUUGGUUCAAUGGUGAUGGCAAUAUCAGCGCUUUCCGGUUUACCAAUGGGAACGUUCACUUCCAGCAACGAUAUGUUCGUACUGAAAAGUUCCUACGAGAAAGGGAGGCAAAACGAGCUCUCGGUGGCAAGUAUCGAAAUAAAUACACCGACGCAGUCGAAUUCAAGGUCCGUACUACAGCAAACACCAACAUCUUCUACUUCAACAAAGUUCUUUUGGCCAUGAAAGAGGAUGCGCCACCAUUCGCAAUGGAUCCUAUCACACUAGAGACGUUUGGGUUGCAUGACUUUAAUGGGCAAUUGCCUAGUCUUACCUUUACUGCUCAUCCGAAACUUGAUCCUAAAACUGGAGAGCUAGUUUGCUUCGGCUACGAAGCCAAGGGUGAUGGCACACCAGACAUUUGUUACUAUUCUAUCGACCCUGACGGCACUUUCAACCAGACUGUGUGGCUGGUUUCACCUGUUGUCGGAAUGAUUCACGAUUUCGCUGUCACGGAGAAUUGGAUCUGUGAUAUCGAUCGACUUAAGGAAGGUGGAGAACAUUGGCAAUGGGAUCCGAAUUGCCCUUUUUAUAUAGGGCUCUUGCCAAGACGAGGGGCAAAGGGGUCAGAUGUCAAGUGGUUCAAGGCACCGAAUGCUUUUCCUGGUCAUACAACGAAUGCGUACGAACUCCCUGACGGCGAUAUCGUAUUUGAUCUUCCUCUCACCGAUAAAAAUGUUUUCUUCUGGUGGCCCGAUCGGGAUGGAAACGCCCCCGAGCCUCAUGACAUCCAUGCCAAAUACGUGCGAUUCACUUUGGACCCCACCACAUCAGACCUUGAUCUCCCAGCUCACGAGAUUAUCUCCGAAUGCGACAUGGAAUUCCCGAGGAUAGACGACCGAGUCUCCAUGCGGCCUCAUGGCCACAGUUUCUUUGACAUGAUGGAUCCCAAGCUUGGAACGGACUUUGCUAUUAUUGCUCCCGUGUUAGGCGGUGGUCACCCUUUGUAUAACUCCCUGGGUCAUCUCAAUCACCAAACUGGAAAGUUGGAAGUGUACUUUCCAGGUAAAACACAUAUGGUACAAGAACCUAUCUUUGUACCUCGAUCAGACGAUGCGCCUGAGGGUGAUGGCUUCGUUAUUGUUUUGAUUAACAACUACUUUACCAUGUCAAGCGAGCUGCACAUAGUUGACACUUGUGACUUUUCCACUGUACGGGUAGUAGUUAAACUGAAUAUUAGGCUGAGGGCAGGACUCCAUGGGAACUGGGUAGAUGGAAAAGAGUUGUCUAGAUGA